CUUUACUCACUUCUGCAACAGUUUGUCAAACAUUUCCUCUCAGGCUUGUUUCUACGACUAUUAGACUGCACAGCUUGGAACCGUAAACACACUUGAGGAUUAAAAACAACCGACACAAGAAAUUAAUUCAGCGCUUUUACAGAGACUCACUCAGUUAUAGGAGGAUGAAGUUAUCAUACACAGUUUUUCUCCUGCUGAAUUUCUUAUCGUUGUACGACUGUAAUGAUGCAGCGCAGGGUUGUAUGGAUAAGCACCGAGUGAUGGGGAUACUGCGUCAAAUGGAGAAGUUUCUUAAAGGACAGGAGAUCCGAUUCACAGAAGGGCUUCGGAUUAUGAAGUCCAAGCUCACCAACCUUCAAAACUCACUGUCCAAGCUCCCACAAGCAGACCAGUCCUCAUCCCAAUCCUCAUGUCCACCUCUGGUGGCUCCGGCCCACGGGAGGAAGUUUGGCUCAAAGUACCUGGUGGGUCAUGAGGUCCAUUUCACGUGUUCUCAGGGUUAUCGCAUGAUAGGACGGGGAACACGCGUGUGCCAGGAGAACGGUACCUGGAGCGGAGUCAGCGCCGUCUGUAAAGACGUGAGUGUGUGCGCCAGUAACCCGUGUCAGAACGGCGGCACCUGUGUGGAGGCUCUGAACCAGUACAAGUGCACCUGUCCACACAACUGGAGCGGCAGUCAAUGUCAAUACCAGACGCAGACAGCGCCUCCGGAGUGGAGUGUCAUGAAUGACCCGGCCUUCAGCCGUAAGCCUCGCUGUGCCAAAGUGGACCGAGCUCAGCACUGCAGCUGUGACGCUGGCUUCCACAUGAGCGGCACCUCAGACAACAGCAUCUGUCAGGAUGUGAAUGAAUGUGAGGUGUAUAAGGCUGACCGUGGAGGGCCUCUGUGUGGCCACGCCUGUGUAAACGUCCCGGGAUCGUACCACUGCUCCUGUCCCACCGGAUACAAGCUGCUCGCUGAUGGACGAAGCUGUGAGGAUGUGGAUGAAUGUCUUACACAACAGCACAACUGCAGCCGUGGCACCACCUGUAUCAACACCGGAGGAGGUUUCCAGUGCGUUAACCCCGAGUGUCCGCACUCGCACGGCAACACCAGCUACGUCAAGACAUCACCUUUCCAGUGUGAAAGGAAUCCCUGUCCCAUGGAGAGCCGCUCCUGUCCAUUUGCCGCUAAGACCAUUUCUUACCACUACCUGUCUCUGCCGUCCAACCUGCGCACCCCGGCCACGCUGUUCCGCAUGGCCACCGCGACGGCUCCGGGUCGGCCGGGUCCGGACAGCCUUCGCUUUGGCAUCGCAGGCGGAGGUGACGCCCGCAGCAUGUUCGUGAUGCAGCGCUCAGACCGUCAGACCGGAGAGCUGAUCCUGGUCCAGCCGCUGCAAGGCCUGCAGGAGCUCAGCGUGGAGGUGGAGAUGUCCGAAUACGCCGACCGCACCUUCCAAGCCAAACAUCUGGCGCGGGUCCACCUUCUGAUUUCACCCUACGAGUUCUGAAGAGGCUGGUCGCUGU